GGCUAAGCUCCUCUGCAUUCAGCUGCUUCUUUCUGCUCGCUCACAACGAACUGAAGUACUUGGUGGAACUGGGAGCUCAUGGCAGAUGAUCUACCUGAAGGAUCCCUGCAGACAGGAAGAUUGCCAUCCCUGGCCUCCCUCCUUCUUGCCACACUUGAUAAUCCUGGAGACCCCAAUUUACGACUGUACCACCCUCCAGGCCUUGGCGAUUGGCAGCGGGGCCCGGACGGGUUACUACGGACCCGUCCCGGCACCGCCGGCAACCACUGACGCCGGACACGAUGACGGAGCCUCAGCCCCGACGGCAGCACAUGAGGACCCGCCCCCUGGUGCCCGCCUUCGCCUCUUCAACCAAUGAGCGCUUCCCUUUCCCUUCUCCGCCCCACCCCCGCGCCCCACCCUCUCUCCCCAUUGGUUGAUCCUCCCGGCUCAUUAUGCGGCAGAGCGCGGGUUAUGAUAGGUGGAAAGCGCUGCUCGUCGGCCGGCCCCUUGCUUCCCGCUCUCCUCCUCCUCCGCCACCGCCUCAGCCUUUGCCUGAGCUGCUGCCGGCGGCGGGAGAGAGCGGGAUGGGGCCAUGCUGAGAGAGAGGCUCCGGUAGUAGUGCCCAUGAGAAGCCCAGUGCAGCUGAACCGAGCCGGGUCAGCUCCCGCCAUGCAUCCUGCUGCGCCCACGGGCACAUGGGGCAGCGCUUGAAUCGCUGCCUCGAUGUCCCCGUCGCGUUGCCGCCGCUGAGGCGGAGGCUUCUGCUGCUCUUCAUCAUGCUCUUCCUCUGGCUCUAUAUGUUCUACUCCUGCGCUGGCUCUUGCGCCGGGCUGGCCACCCGCGCUUCUCCCGCACCUCCCCGCUUUGCCCCGCCGCUUCCUCACCUCCUCCAGCCGGCUGCGGGAGAGCCGGGUGAGGAGAGCAGCCUGGAGGAGCAACGGGCAGCGCCCGACGCCGCCAGCCCCAUCUCCACCUUCUUCAACGGCUCCGGCACCAAGCGGCUGCCUCAGGCUAUCAUCAUCGGCGUGAAGAAAGGGGGGACACGGGCGUUGCUGGAGUUCCUGCGGGUGCACCCCGACGUCCGCGCCGUCGGUGCCGAGCCCCACUUCUUCGACCGCAACUACGAGCGGGGACUCGCCUGGUACAGAGACCUCAUGCCCAGGACCCUGGAGGGGCAGAUCACCAUGGAGAAGACCCCCAGCUACUUCGUCACCAAGGAGGCCCCCGCCCGCAUCUCCUCCAUGUCCAGGGGCACGAAGCUGAUCGUGGUGGUGCGGGACCCUGUGACCAGAGCCAUCUCGGACUACACGCAGACGCUCUCCAAGAAGCCUGACAUCCCCACCUUUGAGAGCCUGACCUUCAAAAACAGGACUACAGGCCUGAUCGACACCUCCUGGAGCGCCAUCCAGAUCGGCAUCUACGCCAAGCACCUGGAGAAUUGGCUGCUCUACUUCCCCAUCGGGCAGAUCCUCUUUGUCAGCGGGGAGAGGCUGAUCAGCGACCCCGCGGGGGAGCUGGGCAGGGUCCAGGACUUUCUGGGCCUCAAGAGGAUCAUCACUGACAAACACUUCUACUUCAACAAGACCAAGGGGUUCCCGUGCCUGAAGAAGGCGGAAGGCAGCAGCAAACCUCACUGCCUGGGCAAGACGAAAGGCAGGACCCACCCUGACAUAGACCAGGAGGUGGUGCAGAGGCUGCGAGACUUCUACCGCCCCUUCAACAUGAAGUUCUACCAGAUGACAGGGCAGGACUUUGGCUGGGACUGAGGCUGGUGUGGGAGAAAAAGCCCCUGCCCAGCAGGGUUUGCAUAUCUAAAGAGGUCUAUAUCUAUGUAAAAUGUACAGAAAUCUAUUUUAUAAUAAUUUAUUUUUAAUUCCUAAGCAAUUAAUUCACUAAGCUGCCUAACCACACUGGCUAGCACGGUAGCCUGUAACCCUCUUUAACAUUCCACACUCUUUUUUAAUUCUAACCCUUUUUUUGCUGGGUUUUUGGUUUUGCCUUUCUGUUGGGGGUUGCUGGUUUGGGGUUGGCUUGUUUGUUUGGGGGGUUGUUUUGCCUUAUAUUUGGGUUUUUGUUUCCCUCUCCCCUCUUUUAAUGUUUGGUUUGGUUGGUGACAAACAGGUGCUUCCAUUUCUCCUAAGCGAAGUUUGUGUUUCCAAGAAGCCCAGCAAAGCAAGGGUGGCAGAGGAGGGGUGGGGAGGGAGGAAGGGAGGGAGGGGAAAGCAGACAUUUAUUUUUGUUACGGGUAUCUGGCCUUUUUAUAAACUUUGCUUUCCCUACCCCAGUGUCCCAGUCUCUGCUCCACAUCUUGUGCUGCCUUGGCCCAUGGCUUUGCCACUUGGUCCCACAGCCCCACGUUGAGGGUUUCUCUGGGGUGGGUAAGAGGAGGUUGGGCGUCUGGGGAACGAGAGGAAAUAUAAGGAAAAACUGUUGCACUGUGAAGGUGACAGAGCCCUGGAACAGGCUGCCCAGAGAGGCUGUGAGUCUCCUCUGGAGAUGUUCAAAACCCACCUGUCUGCGUUCCUGCGUGACCUCCUCUAGGUGAUCCUGCUCUGGCAGCAGGGUUGGACUUGGUGAUCUUUCAAGGUUCCUUCCAACCCCUAACAUUCUGUGAUUCUGUGAUGUCCCUGCCACCCACGUAACUCUGCUGAGCAGCAGUUGUGACACAGGGACCCUCAAAGCCAUCCAGCUCCUGCUCCAGGAUCUGCUGGGAGGGUAAUGCCCUCCUGCUCCAGGAUCUGCUGGGAGGGUAAUGCCCUCCUGCUCCAGGAUCUGCUGGGAGGGUAAUGCCCUCCUGCUCCAGGAUCUGCUGGGAGGGUAAUGUGCUCCUGCUCCAGGAUUUGCAGGGAGGGUAAUGUGUUCCUGCUCCAGGAUCUGUGAGGAGGGUAAUGUGCUCCUGCUCCAGGAUCUGUGAGGAGGGUAAUUGUGUGUGCUUAAGGAGAUGCUGUAGAUAAUGCCAGGAAGGGGCUACUUAGCAAACCUGUUGUGAGCAGGAUGCACAUCUCUCCUUGGGGUUACCUCCAGGCACAUCCUCCUACAAACAGGGCAAGUUUGGCACAUCCUCUGCUGCUUGCCCUGAGCCAUUCCUAGCAAGGAAGCAAUGCUUGUGACCAGCAGUCCCACUUCCAGAGGUCCCAGAGUGUGGGGCCCGCAGGGCUGGACAUACACACAGCCUCUGUCCUGCAAAGUGCAGCUGCAGACUGCAGUGCUGCUCAGAAUCUAUGCAUGUUUGGAGUCUUUGGCUUUAGCUCCAGCCAGGUCCCUGCCCCGUUUGCUGCUGCCAGCACAGAUGAUGAGUGCAGGACUGCGUCUGCUUUGUCACAAACUCUGCUGUGGUGUGUGGGGUGGGGAGGAAGAAGAAAAUGCUUCCGGGUGAAAGAGUGAUUUUUGGUUCUCAGGACCUCAGUCUUCCUACAAACUGGCUUAUGCAAUGCAUGGGAAGAAGCUCACCCUUUCCCUUUGGCCUUUGGGUAAGCUCCCAGCUCUGGCUGUGCCACUUCCCCAAUGAGUUUUUUGCUAACUGAGCCCUUUUACCACGUGCCCAGAGCCUUCAGGAUCCCCUUGCUUUGCUGUGGCUUCCUUCCCACGGGAUUGCCUCCAGAGCAUAUGUGCCUGCCUGGGAGAUUUCCCCAUCCCAUACAUCUUCCUUCUUGCUUCCUUGGAAGCCCCUUCUUAACACCCCAGUGCUUCCCUGGGCUCUGCAGUCAGGCCCUGCUGCAAGAUGCUCUCCUGGAGCAACCCUGGAGAGCAGAAAGGCAGAGUGUGAGGAGCAACUCUCCCAGCCUCCAGCAAAGGGUCAGCCCUGCCUCAAGGUCCUUCCUGGUGAAGCCUGCGCUGAGCUUUUCCUGCCAAGGCCUUUACCUGACAAACAAGGCAGUGAAGGUGAACGGCCCAGAGUGUGCAUCUGGUUGCUCCUACUGGAAUUGGUGCAGUCAUCAUCGUCAUCAUCUUUAUUGAAAGCAGCUUUUUGUUGAAGUGGAGCUUGGAGGUGUGAUUAGAACAGUUUAUAAUUGUUAUUGUUUUUCCUUCCCUCUCCUCCCUCCCCCAUCCCACCAUUAAUUUAUGGCUGAGUUUCAUUCAGCCCAGAGGUGCAGUGCAGGUCUUAGUGAUGCAUUAUCUGUGGGCAUGGUACUAGAGAGUAGCCAAUUUGCAAGGAAAAGAAUAAAACUUGAACAGAAACAGCAACAAAAAAACCCCACAAACAUCUCCCCCCCCCAAAAAAAAAGAAGAGAAAUAAUUACAAGUCCAUGGAGUAUUUUGUGGUCUGCACAACACAGAUUAAUUUUACACAGAGGAAGAUGUUCCUAGGGAAAUGGACUUCUGCUGGCUCAUACGAUUUGUAUGAAGAAAUAAAAGCUCUAUUUUACCAA